AUGGGCUCACAAUUUGUCUACCUUGUGUUGUCGUCCUUCACAUUCGUGACUGCUGAAUGCACAUCUUCCUUCUAUACUAUUGCUCGUAUCGGAAUCUGUGCCGGUGAUUUCAUUCCUUGCAAUAAUUUUUACGCACCAGUUCGAACUUGUGCUGCAGUUUCUCACCUGAAGUAUUUUCGUUCAACCAAGUUAGAGAAAACACCUACCACUACAGCCUCUGGGGCAAUCCCUUCGUCAGCCCUUACUCGAUAA